AUGGACGAGCAGGCGGGUCCCGGCGUCUUCUUCAGCAACAACCACCGGGCCGCAGGCGGUGCCAAAGGGCUGGGCCAUUGGCAGGCUGCCGCGGCCGGCGAUGGGGCUGGUGGCGCGAGGCGGCCGAGUGCACCAUACCAGCCCCUCCGGGGAUCACUGCACUGCACGCAGCACGAGUGGGCCCGCUUCGAGGUGGAGAAGGUCCGCAGGGGAGUGGCAGGAGACUGCAGGGCCCAGAUUGCCUUCCUUCAGGGGGAAAGAAAAGGUCAAGAAAAUUUGAAGAAGGAUCUUGUGAGGAGGAUCAAAAUGCUGGAGUAUGCUCUUAAACAGGAAAGAGCCAAAUACCACAAGUUGAAAUAUGGGACAGAAUUGAAUCAGGGAGAUAUGAAGCCUCCAAGCUAUGAUUCUGAUGAAGGUAAUGAAACAGAGGUACAGCCACAACAAAACAGCCAGUUAAUGUGGAAACAAGGUCGACAACUACUCAGACAGUAUCUACAGGAGGUGGGUUACACGGAUACUAUUCUAGAUGUGAAAUCUAAACGAGUACGAGCUCUCUUGGGCUUUUCAAGUGACGUCACGGACAGGGAAGAUGACAGAAAUCAGGACUCAGUUAUAAAUGGCACAGAGGCUGAAGUUAAAGAGACAGCAAUGAUUGGAAAAUCCGAGUUAACAGAUUCUGCCUCCGUGCUGGAUAAUUUCAAAUUCCUUGAAAGUGCAGCUGCAGAUUUCAGUGAUGAAGAUGAAGAUGAUGACAUUGAUGGAAGAGAAAAAAGCAUCAUUGAUACUUCAACGAUUGUUAGGAAAAAAGCAUUGCCUGAUAGCAGUGAAGAUCGAGAUACAAAGGAAGCCCUAAAGGAGUUUGACUUCUUGGUUACAUCAGAGGAAGGAGACAGUGAGUCUAGAAGUGCAGGCGAUGGAACAGAAUGGGAAAAGGAAGACCAGUGUCUCAUGCCUGAAGCCUGGAAUGUGGACCAGGGAGUAAUUACCAAACUCAAGGAACAAUACAAAAAGGAGAGAAAGGGGAAAAAGGGGGUGAAGAGGCCCAAUAGGUCAAAACUACAAGAUAUGCUUGCUAACUUGAGAGAUGUUGAUGAACUUCCCUCGUUACAGCCAUCUGUGGGUUCACCUUCCAGACCCACCAGCUCCAGGCUUCCAGAACACGAAAUAAAUAGGGCAGACGAAGUGGAAGCAUUGACCUUUCCUCCUUCUUCUGGGAAGUCCUUCAUCAUGGGAGCAGAUGAAGCCCUUGAAAGUGAACUGGGACUUGGAGAAUUGGCUGGACUUACAGUGGCCAAUGAAGCAGAUUCACUAACUUAUGAUAUAGCAAACAAUAAAGAUGCAUUGAGGAAGACAUGGAACCCUAAGUUUACAUUACGAAGUCACUUCGAUGGCAUUCGAGCCCUUGCUUUCCACCCCACUGAGCCCGUUUUGAUAACAGCAUCAGAGGAUCACACAUUAAAAAUGUGGAAUUUGCAGAAAACAGCCCCAGCCAAAAAGAGUACAUCUCUUGAUGUGGAGCCUAUCUAUACAUUCAGGGCUCAUAAAGGACCAGUGCUCUGUGUGGUGCUGAGCAGCAGCGGCGAGCAGUGCUACAGUGGGGGUGCCGACGGACUGAUCCAAGGCUGGAAUACCACCAACCCCAACGUCGAUCCCUAUGACUCCUACGAUCCUUCUGUUUUAAGGGGCCCUCUGCUGGGCCACACCGAUGCUGUCUGGGGCUUGGCUUACAGUGCUGCCCAUCAGCGCCUGUUGUCCUGUUCAGCAGAUGGCACUCUCCGAUUAUGGAAUACAGCCGAGGCUGCUCCAGCCCUAAGUGUAUUUAAUGAUAAUCAAGAAUUGGGAAUCCCUGCGUCUGUGGAUCUAGUGAGCAGUGACCCGAGCCAUAUGGUAGCAUCGUUCAGCAAAGGAUAUACAAGCAUCUUUAACAUGGAAACGCAACAGCGCAUUCUCACUUUAGAAUCCAACCUAGAUACAACAGCCACCUCUUCCUGUCAAAUAAAUAGAGUCAUCAGCCAUCCUACUCUUCCCAUCAGCAUCACUGCUCAUGAAGACAGGCACAUCAAAUUCUAUGAUAACAACACAGGCAAACUCAUCCACUCCAUGGUAGCCCAUCUAGAAGCUGUUACAAGUUUAGCAGUUGAUCCCAAUGGCCUGUACUUGAUGUCUGGGAGUCAUGACUGUUCAAUACGUUUAUGGAACCUAGAAAGUAAGACGUGUAUCCAAGAGUUUACAGCUCAUCGGAAAAAGUUUGAAGAAUCAAUUCACGAUGUAGCUUUCCACCCAUCCAAAUGCUAUAUAGCCAGUGCUGGGGCUGAUGCACUGGCCAAAGUCUUUGUAUGA